GCUCGCCUACUUGUUACAAAAUUAGUGUAGGCUUUGAAUACCGAGUGGCGCUGUUGUCCGGAUAUACGCCAUGUUGCUAAAUUAUGUUUAAGUUAUGACCAUCUCUUCUGUGAAAAACAUUUGUGUGUAGCGAAAGCAGUAUCGCUUUGUUGUUCAGGAAAUAUUUAGUUAUGUUAUAUUCGAUAAAAAAUAUGUGGUGCCUACUUUGGGACUUUGUUAAAUAACACGAGUUAUUUUAAACCAAACACGUUCAAAUAAUAUUAUUCAAUCGAAAAUUUCUUGGUUAUUACGGAGCGAAUGUGGUUUAUAUAGAACAAAGGUCAGGAAGUCUAACUAUUAGAGGCAGCAUCCAAAGGUACUUCCAUUCACGUAAUAUCUGACAGUAUUUUAUUCAACAUGAGGGGUUCCAAGAGAGACUGGGUAUUUAGAGUACAGGUGUCGGAUUUGGAAAAAAACGAAUGCUUGUACGUUGUGGGAAAUUUACCUGAAUUAGGUUCAUGGAAUCCUAAUCAGGCAAUCCAAAUGUUUCAAGAAUAUAAGGCUCAAAAUGUUCCCGAUGGUAAAAACAAAUGUGAACUUUAUGAUGCUGAUGCAUGCGCAGAAGCAGGAGAUGGUGUUUAUAAUGAAAUAAAUAAUGGACAAAUGUUUUCUCAAAAGAUUACAUUACCCGUUGAUGCUGAUAUAGACUAUCGAUAUUUUAUUGCUGUUAUUUGCCAAUCCAAUGGUACUAAAAAUUCUGCCAAGACUCUCAUUAUACGCAAAUGGGAAACUCAUAUGAUACCUCGUCAGAUUAAGAAAAAUCUGCCUAGUAACUUUGUUGAUAACGUAUUGCCAAAUUCAGAAAUAUUUGGUUGUUACAACGGUUAUUGUAAAAUUGAACGUGGUUGGCUUACGGAUGAGACUGUGAUACAAUUUAAACUUUUUUAUAAUCCAAUUAAAUUAUGGAAACAGCGAUUGCAAAAUAAAGUAGUACACAUUAAGAUGACUCCAGUAAAUUUAAUUAGACAGCACUCUUUAGAAUUACAACAGUUUGGAAAUGAAUGUAUUGAUGACAGCCUUUCUAUGGAUACUCAAGACAUUGAUCAAUCUGCUUUUAGUAUUACAGAAAUUGCUGUAAUGAAUGAUGAAGAGAUUCGCUUUAAAUAUCAGGAACAAUUUGGUCGAGCUUACGUAGAAGACGAUUUUAUUAUCUUCAAUGUUGCAGUUCGUUAUCCCGAAACUGUGGCAUAUUUAGUAGACUACUACGUAUACAGUUCGAGGAGUUUCCCUGGUGAGCCACCCAAUCAUAUUGGAUUCAGUUACAUCUUGCCUAGUACACUGCAAUCUAGUGUAGGAAUGCUGACAGUGCCGAUUACUAGUACAAGACAUAGACCAAUUGGACAAUUAACAAUUGAAUAUUUAGUAAUAAAACCAAUCCCAAAUUAUCCAUGGGAUAUGAGUGUUUCAUAUACAAAGCAUUGGGAACAAAGAUGGUCCGGUUUGGAUGUUGGCCAUAGAGGACUCGGCACUUCUUUUAAAUAUGAAACAAAAAAUUGUGCCAACGUAAGGGAAAACACAUUAGCAUCUUUAAAAACAGCAUCACAUCACGGUGCUGAUAUGGUUGAAUUUGAUGUUCAAUUAUCGAAAGAUCUUGUGCCAGUUGUAUACCACGAUUUUUAUGUAUCAAUUUCAUUAAAACGUAAAAAACAGAUAGAAGCAAUGGACACACUAGAGAUACCAGUGAAGGAACUAACUUUGGAACAACUUCAUCUAUUAAAGGACUUUUAUUACCCGGGCGACUCAUUGGGUAAGGUGCUGUAUUUCGUUGAUAAAAGUGAGCAGGGGGUAAACCAACUGGUUUACCACGUGGCUGAAGGUAGAGAAAAAAUUGCUCGAUUUUUUGAUGAAGAUCUAGAAGACCAUCAACCAUUUCCUACCCUUCAAAGUGUACUUCUCGAGUUAGAGUCACAUGUUGGAUUCAAUAUUGAAAUUAAAUGGACUAUGCAGUUGAAGGAUGGUACAUUCGAGCUCAAUCAUCCAUUCGAUCUUAAUAUGUAUUUGGAUAUAAUAUUGAAAGUUGUUUUGGAAUAUGGAGGCGAUAGGAAAAUAGUCUUUUCCUCCUUCAACCCUGAUAUUUGUGCUAUGAUACGUUUGAAACAAAAUAAAUAUCCAGUAGUAUUUUUAACUCAAGGUGUAACUACAAAGUAUCCAACGUAUCACGAUCCCAGAUGCCAAACAAUACCAAUGGCUAUAAGACACGCAUUGGCAUCUGAUAUUUUAGGAAUUAAUGUGCAUACCGAGGAUAUUCUUAGAGAUCCUUCUCAAGUCAAAUUAGUAAAAGACGCUGGUUUAAUUAUUUUCUGUUGGGGCGAUGAUAAUAAUGAUAUAGAUACUAUUCGUCACCUUAAAAAACUUGGUCUCCACGCAGUUAUAUAUGAUAAAAUGGACGUAUAUAAUUCAAAAGAUGUUAAGGAAAGUAUAUUCUUAGUGGAUGCAAGGGAAAGUCAAAAAGCAUUAAUAGCUUUGGCACAGUCUAGUCAAGCAGGUAAUACGCCACAAAAUCCAAUUAUUCCUGAUUCGAUUAAUAUGGAUUAUAACGCAGAGAAGGAAAAUUUUGUAGAUCUUAAUAAGACACGAAAUUUAUUAUCAACUUCAACGGCAACAUCCGUAUCGUCUUUUACUAAUAGCAGCACUGCUGGUGACAAUAUAUCCAUGAUUAAAAUGCCAUCUUGUUGGCAACAACCUUCAGGAAAAAAUGAAGUUAGUGGAGAUUUGAACGUGUGCGCUAAAUCUUUUGGAAAUCCAGUCAAAACUUUGAAUAUCUCUGAUAUAGUAUGUGGUCAAGCCACUGCCUUGCCCGAAGCCUAUGGAGAAGAUGAAUCUGCAAAGGAUUGUCUUUGAUGUUUCUCAUUGAAAAAUUCUUUCAUUUCCUGGUUUUAAUGCAUAAUAAGAAGCACGUGCUGAUAAUGUAGGAUAAACAAAGUCAGAAAAGAAAUGAUAAUUUUACGAAUAAAUCAAUAUGUCAAUUUCCAAUAAUAUUUACAGUACAGAAACUAUCGCAUUCUUUAGAUUAUUUUUAUCAAUUUGUUUUUUCACAUUUUUCCAAAUUUGCGUUAUACUAAAAUAACUCAUAUGACCAUAUAUAUGAAGAAUAUUUAUAAGUAACAAUCAAUCUCAAAUUUAAAUCGAUUUUGCCUGUUUCUGAUCUUCUAUUAUUCUAAUAUUGUAAUCUUUUUAUUGGAAAAACAACAUAAGUUAGCUUGUUCGGUUCCUAUAAUUACUGGAUUUCCAAGCAAUUAAUCGUUUAUUUGACUUAUCAAAUUAACAAAAUAUUUACACUUACCUAUUUUUCAUUGCUUUCAUUAUAUAACUAUAUCCGUGUAACAUAACGCGAUACAAAUUUACAUUGCAAUAAUCAUGUCUUCCAUUUAACUUUUUAUGCAUAAAGAUGAUUUUUUAUUCUUGUGUUCGAUAGCUUUUCCGUUCUAUAAAUUAUAUCCUAACAUGAAAUUGUUUAGUUACAUUAGGGCUGCCAUUAAACACAGUAAUUAGAAGUGAACCAAACAUGCUAACAAUGUUCAAAGUUCUGAUUUUACGAAUAAAUGAUAACAUAUA